AUGGUGCGCCGAUUGGUGGCUAUUGCCCUCGCUUUGCUCGCCUUGCCGGUGAGCCUUGCGCUCGAGGAUGAGGAUGAGGAGGAGCUCCAGUAUUGUGCUUUGAAGCCCGACUGUCGAAAACUGGGGAAGACAGUUGCGCACAUCGCCUGGGUGAAGCGAUGGGAAGCUGCCAGCGCAUUGCUUGGCGACGCCUGGGCAGGAAAUGCACAGAUCGAUGUGGUGACGCUCAGUCAGGAACUGCUGGCGUCGGGCCGUGGUCGUACUAUCCGCAGCGGUGCCGUGCUUCGGGGCACCUCGCUCGGGGUGGUCCGUGCAGGAGGUGCAUGGGCAGCCGCACUCGCCUUGCUGACCGAGUCGCAGGACCACGCAUGCCGUGUCAGCGCCGUUCACGUGAGCACCGCGGCAGCUGCGGCAUCAGAGGGAAGAAUCUGGGGUGUGGCCGCAGCAAUCCUGCAGGCAGAGAGCGGCGUGGUGCUGGACCCACCCGCAAUCAGCUCGCUAGUGGCUUCGCUCAGCAAGGGUAGCCAGUGGCAAGGAUCGUUAGAUGUGUUCGUGCGGCACACGGCGUUCCUGACGGUUCGCUUGGCAAAUGCUGCGCUCACUGCUAUGGAAGUGGGAGAGCUGUGGCCGUCGGCCAUGGCACUUCUGCAAGAUUUGCAGCAAGCACGUCUUCGACAGCACAUCAGAGGUGUGAACAGUGCGGCAAGUGCGGCUGCGCAAGGCGUGGGCUGGCGAUGGUCGCUGGACUUGCUGGAGAGGUCACGGCAUGAUGCCGAAGACCGCGAUCCUGUCGGCGUCAAUGUGGCACUGGCAGCUCUCGCCCGCGGCUUGCACUGGGGCUCGUCUUUGUCGGUGCUCCGGUCUCUUCCUGGUUUUCGACAUGCGCCCGACAUUACCUCCUUCGGUACAGUGGCAAAUGCCUGCAAGAGGGCAGGUAACCUAGCCUUGGCCAAGAAACUGCUGGACGAAGCGCAGCGAAGCGAAGGCCUCACCGUCAGCGCCACCAUCUUCGGUGCGGUGCUGGCAGGAUGCACUUGGGCCACGGCUUCUGCACUCCUCCAGUCAGCGAGGGCUGCUGCAGUGGAGGCAGACGCUGCACUGGCAAAUGCGGCAGCCAGCGCUUGUGAGCAACAUGGUGCCUGGCAGACAGCCACACGUUUGUUCCCGUUCCUGGGACAAGCCGUCGACAGCCUAACGAUCGGUGCCGCAACCGCAGCUUGUGCAGUGGCGGGUGCCUGGGUUGCGGCAUUGGGGCUACUGCUUUACGGCAGCUGGAGGGCUCUGCCGUCCGGGCCUGUUUCUCGAGCUGCGGCCGCAGCGGCGGCACGACAAGUGGGCCGCUGGCAGGAGGUGGUUGCCUUGCUCACAUGGUGCGGAAUGGACAAGGAAGCCGUGAUAGAGUGUGACCCAGAAUGCCAGAACGUUCGGAGAGUGGGGCGUGGUGGGCUGAUGGGGGAUGUGGUGAGGGAUCUGGACCGGCUCUCGAGGCCUGCGAAGGUGGAUAUCUGCGCAACCGGGAAGCAGUAUCAGAAAUACGGGAAGGCGAGUGGGGGGAAAAACGACGUCUGCCAAUAUCCAGGUGCGAAGCCCAAGAACAGCGCUGCAGAGGCCUACAGCGAGGCCGUGGCCAACUCAGAGGACUCCGUGACAGGCAGUGAUGACAUUGGCUUGGCCGAGACACCAUCUUCAGUCUACGUGAUGGAGCACGGUUUCCUGACCAACUCCAUAAAAUGGAUGCCGCGCGGCACCAUCAUGCUUUCCGGGCACGGGGCUGGCUACGAAGCGCGGCUCAGCGACGCCAAGGAGUUCAAGCAGCUGAAAACAGAGCAGCUUCAGCAGCUCAUCUCCGAGGCGGCGAAGGACCACCAGUACUAUGCCAUUCGCAUGUACAACCCAGAGAACCCCAAGAGAGUUCUGCAGGCCUCCAUUCCCGCGAAGCUCCUAGCAGAGCACUUCGAGGAUUGGCACGACAUCCUAGAGGUCUCUGUGAGCGACGCGGGCAUCCCAGUAGGCCUCUCCUACAGAGUACGCCACACCCUGGGCUUGAUGCUCUUCGACCACACUCAGGUGCAUCUCUCGGAGCCUAGCCGGCUGGAGGGACCCCGCGUGCCGCCUCCUGUGAGGGAUGGCGAUGGCAACAUCAAGCCUGGUGGUGGGGAGCAGCAGCAGCCUUCCUUCCUGCGCAAGUACUGGUGGGUCAUCGCGAUCGCUGUCCUGCUCAUGUCCAGCAUGGGAGAUGACGGCUCUGGUGGCAAGGGCAAGGGUGGCGGUGGCGGCGGUGGCGGUGGCGGCGGCGGAGGCGGUGGUCGCCGUGGCUGA